CUCAUACGUUGCAAGUUCGGAAAAGAAGAAGAAAUGUCUAUUUAUUUGUUAUGUUUGACAACAAAUGGCGGUUUGCCGGUGUUUACACGCAAAAAGGGAGAGUGCGAAAAUCUGCCCUUCUCCACAGUGGCCUCUUUGAACGGCUUUCACAUGUUCUUCAAAUCGCUGGGCAUUCAACUGGAGGCCACGACGACCAGCAAACAGCAGCCCAGUCAGAACCUGGCUCCCGCAGAUGCGGAGGAGUGGACGUACAUCUGGCGGGACAGCGACGCCAUAACCCUGAUCGUCUGCGGUUGCGGCGUGGGAUCGGAGCAGCUGCUCCAGACGCUGGCAGAUCUGGUCUUCGGGGCCAUUGGCAUGUUUAUCACCCGUGCCGCGGAAAUGGCGCAUGCCACGCUGCUAGAGCGGCUAAAGAAGGACGCCAAGAAGUAUGUGCCCAUUGUGGACGCCAUUCUGGAGGCGGCAUGCGCGGGCACACAGCUCCUGGGCUACACGGACUGUCUGCUGGCGGCGGAGAACGCCCAAUUGCUGCAGUGCCUUAACGAAUUCAGUGGCCACUGCGGAUCGCUCUUCUGCUGCCUGGUGGUGGGUCACCGCAUCGCCGUGGCCACUGAGGGCUGGUGGGAUCUGGCCACUCGCGACCGGGAACUGCUGUUAUUCCUUCUAAACUCAUCGAGCACGCUGCAACACGAUGUGCCCGUCUAUCUGCCCGUGAAGAGUCCCCACAUAGCCUAUCGAUUCGUCAGCAUUCCUGUGGCCUCCAACAGUGCUUUGUGUGUGCUGUGCGGCGCUGAGAAUGCCUCGUUCCGAGAGCUGCAUGCCCAUGCCAUGAGUGCCUAUCGGAAUGAGAGCAACCUCCUGGCGGCCGCCGAGCGCUGUGUGCCGCGCAGCCUGCCAGAGCACCUGGACAUCGAUGGCAAUGUGUUGGCCAUCAUUCUGAUCAACAGACACUCGCGGAAAAGCCUGUUUACCAGGAAUCUCAACCAGUCGGCCAGUGUCAAGCGCAUCAUUGUGGGCGACCUGCAGCGCCUGGACAUACUUAAAAAGUUCUUUGAUCAGACCAUGGAUGCAGUGCAUCAGUUUGAAGCGGAGUCUUCGACCAACAAAGCACUUUUGGUGGACCAAUAUAGCUGCUCGGACUAUCACAAGUGCUAUGCCCACACGGAUGAGCUAGGAAAUGUCCUGUUUCUGCUGUUCGUGGCAGCUGUGCCCUCGCACGCUAUGAGAUUUCUGGCUCAACGUAUCCAUGAUAACAUACUCCAGGAAAAGUCUGUAUGCUGGUAAACCGUCCUUCCUUCCUGAAUUCUAUAAGACUGAUAUUUUUCUACCAAUUUUAAUUGGCAUGAGGUAAUUUUUUACGCUGUAAGCUAGUAAGCUAGUAUUAGCUACAUACAUAUGUAUGUUUAUUCAUAUUACUGAAACAAAUUAUACUGCAAUGGCAUUGAUGACCGUCCCUAUAAACAAAUACUAUUUAUUUAAAUUCUUUUCCAUUAUUAAAUUGAAUUUUAGCCUAGAAAAUGAAAUGUCCAACUGUGUAAUGUUGGUUCUUUUGAAUAAUAAGUUAUAUUAUUAGCCCAGCGCACAAUUAAAUAAAUG